GGUUGGCAAUUAUUAAGGUAGGUAGGUACCUACCUUAAUAAUUGGCAUUUGUCAAAAAUGCAAAUUAUUAAUUUGCUCUUUUAUUUACCUAGGUACUCUUUGCUUGCUUUGUUUUUUUGAAGUUACAAAACGAUAAUAUUUUGAUUAAUAGGAACCUAGAAAUAUACAAGUUACCUAGGUGUCUUUGUGAUAUUGGUGUGCAUUGUAAGAAUAGCCCCCGUGAGGAUAAAUAGAAAAGGAUUUGGAGGAUCGUUUUAUUAUGGCUUUGGCUUUGCAAAGGCGUGCUAAUGUCAGAUUACCACCAGAAGUGAACAGAAUUUUAUAUAUAAGAAAUUUACCAUACAAAAUAUCAGCUGAAGAAAUGUAUGAUAUCUUCGGGAAAUAUGGUGCGAUUAGACAAAUCAGAGUUGGUAACACUCCAGAGACUAGAGGAACAGCUUUUGUAGUUUAUGAAGACAUAUUUGAUGCUAAGAAUGCAUGUGAUCACUUGUCUGGUUUUAAUGUUUGUAAUAGAUAUUUAGUUGUUCUAUACUACAGAUCUAACAAAGCCUUCAAAGGUAUGGAUAUUGAGAAGAAACAAGAAGAAUUAGACACUCUGAAAAAGAAAUACGGAAUAUCUACUGAUGAUCUGCGUAAAUAAAAAGAGUUUAAAGUCA